AUGUCACAACGAGCUCUUCUCGCGAUUCCACGCGCAUUGCGCACCUCGGCCCAGAUGUCCGCUCUCCGACCGAGUCUCGCCUCCCCUUCAUCAACCAUCAGACCUGCCGCCGCCGGCUUACAGCAGAGACGGAGUUAUCAUGAGAAGGUGCUGGAUCACUACUCGAAUCCCAGAAAUGUUGGCUCGAUGGAUAAGAAGGCGCUGGACGUUGGCACAGGUCUCGUUGGUGCACCCGCCUGCGGUGAUGUGAUGAAACUCCAAAUCAAGGUCGACCCCGAGACACAAACGAUCGCAGAUGUCAAGUUCAAGACUUUUGGCUGCGGUUCCGCCAUCGCAUCCUCAUCAUAUCUCACCGAGCUUGUGAGAGGAAUGACAUUGGAGCAGGCGGGCAAGAUUCGCAACACCGAGAUUGCCAAAGAGCUCUGCUUGCCACCGGUGAAGCUACAUUGUUCAAUGCUUGCGGAGGACGCCAUCAAGUCUGCCAUUGGAGAUUAUUAUAAGAAGAGUAAGCCCACGAGGCGAAGACUGGCUAUUUUCAAAGACAGCAACUAA